AUGAAUCCAAUUUCAAAAGUUGAAUUAAGAUUUCAAUGUAAAGGAUUAACAAAUAAAGAUACAUUCUCUAAAUCAGAUCCUCAAAUUCAUGUAUUUCAAAGAAUAGGUCAAGAUCAAAGAACACUUGUUGGAAAAACAGAACAGAUUGAUAAUAAUUUGAAUCCUGUAUUUAAAACACCUGUUUUCGUUGAUUAUUAUUUUGAAAUUGCACAAUAUCUUAGAUUUGUUGUAUAUGAUAUCGAUGAUGGUGUGUUCGAUGUAAACAACGAUUUCAUUGGUGAUACCGAGUGUUCUUUGGCAUCGAUCAUUGCUAGUCCAGGCUCGACCUUUACUGCGAUGCUAAAGUCAAAGACUGGUCAUCACGCCGGUAACAUCACAAUAACGGCAGAGAUCAUCAGUCAAUCGAAACAGCGUAUCUCUUUCGAUAUCUGUGGUCACCAUCUCGAUAAAAAAGACUUUUUCGGAAAGUCUGAUCCCUACUACACCAUCUCAAAGAACACACCGACCGGUUUCGGACAGGUAUUCAAAAGUGAAACUCAUUUCAAAACAUUGGAUCCCGUUUUUAGACCUGCCGAUCUCAGCAUCGAUGAACUAACCGGUGGAGACAUGAAAAGAGAGUUACUAUUCAAUUUCUAUGAUUAUGAUAAAAUUGGUAAACAUGAUUUCAUUGGUUGUUUUACUACAACAGUUGAACAAUUAUUAUCAGCUGAGAAAGUGGAAUUUGCAUUGAUCAAUCAAAAGAAGAAAGAUAAGAAAUCAAACUAUAAGAAUUCAGGUGUUGUCGAUAUUAUUCGUGCAUAUUUAUAUCGUCCACCAGAGUUCACUGAUUAUUUGAUUGGUGGAUGUGAGAUCUCGUUGAUCGUUGGUAUCGAUUGUACCGCAUCGAAUUUACCUCCAAACAACACAAAGAGUUUGCACUACAAGGAUCCAAACAGAUUGAAUCCGUAUGGUGAUGCUAUCCUUUCGAUUGGAAAUGUGCUGGCACCUUACGACUCUGAUGGAAACAUUCCAGUCUAUGGUUUCGGUGCUCUGCUUCCAGGAACUACCAGAGUCAACCACUGUUUUGCCAUGACACUCAACGAUACCUACCCAGAGGUACGUGGUGUCGAUGGAAUCAUGAACGUAUACUACCAGAACAUAAACAAUGUAACUUUCAGUGGUCCAACAUCAUUCAGUCCACUCAUUAGACAUGCAACUCAGUUGGCAUCAGGAUCGAAUCAAACCAACCAAAAAUAUACAAUUCUCUUAAUUAUUACUGAUGGUGAAAUCAUGGAUAUGGAAGCAACUAUCGAUAGUAUCAUUCAAGCAACUUCUCAACCAAUUUCAAUUGUUAUUGUUGGUGUUGGUAAUGCAGAUUUCUCAAGUAUGGUUAGAUUGGAUGGUGAUGAUCAAGCACUUACCAAUGGAAUAAACACUGCCAGCAGAGACAUUGUACAGUUUGUGGCACACAAUAAUUACAAGGACAAGCCAUUCCAUUUAUUGGCUGAGGAAACACUCAAGGAGAUUCCAACUCAAUUCAUAGAAUAUAUGAGAAAGCAUGGUAUCAAACCAAAUCCACCAAGACAAUAUGUACCACAGCCAUCGAUGGUGUUUGUUGAUCAACAGCAACAACCAUUACAGCAACAGUUUGCAAAUAUUCAAAUCAAUCCUUCUGGUGAUCAACCUGUAUCACUUGAGAAGCCUGUUAGUUUAGAAAAACAACCGACUCCACCUACUUCCUCACCGGUACUGGAGCCAGCAGCACCAAUUCCUGCACAACAACCAACUCCACCUACUUCCUCACUGGUACUGGAUCCAGUAGCACCACAACCACCUUCACCACCAACAACAAACAAUGAAAAUACAGCAACUACCACUACCACAACAGAAACCUCAACAUCAGGCACAAAACUAUCGAUUAAUUAUAAGCUAACAUCUUCACUUGAACCAUCUACAAUACCGUAA